GUACACGGGCACCGAUUGCUGGUGGUAGGCAGGUAACACGAAGGUAAAUCGGUGAAAUGGCAGUGGUGGUGAACGAUCGUGUCAGAGGGCAAUGGAUGAAGUUAGUCAGUCGGCGUUUGCUCGCGCCGCCACCACGAUGGAAGUUCAUCCAUCGCGCUUACGUUUCGAUCUUUCGUAUGAAUCGUAAACGGGUCGAAAUGUAGCCUCAGCGGCGAUCGCCAGCAUCGGAAUGUCAGGGUCCGAAAAACCGAUCAGACCGAUCAGACAAUUGUCCUUGCAACCACCUGCACCUCGUCGUCAACAAAUUAGGCGACAAAGAUCCGCGGAGGAUGACAAAUCGUUGCAAAUCUGCGCGAGUCCCUUCGCACGUGGCAAGCGUGGAACGAGCGGUAAAUCCGGCUCUGAGAGACCUAAGGUUCGCGUUGCCUGGAAGGAAAACCGCCAAAAGAAUGACGAAGAACUUGGGCAAGUUGAAGUGGUGGCCCGUCAAAUUCCUGGACGAUCCAAAUCGACCACUGGAAGGUCAAGGGGUUUCGUCGGGAUCGACAAACCAACGAUCCUUUAUUCGAGAUUAGAACUGGCUGAGAGGCUGAGGCUUGCUUGGAAAAAUCGCGAGAAGAAUAAAGCCAACAUUAACAUUUUUCUUGCCCGUGAAACUGUGGAUGAAAGAUGCGAGUCUGAAAUGUCCAAUCAUACUACGGCCACUGUCCCAUCAUCUCCUGUACGAGAAAGUAACGAGGCUAAAAUCGAAAUACCUCUUAAUGACUAUAAAAUGCUGGACGAGAAAAAAGAAAAAGAAGAGGAGAACCUUAUUACUAAUAAAUUAACGAGACUUUUAUCAGAGAACGACGAUACGAUUACUUCAAGGAAAAGCGACAGAGAAUUGUCGCUUCUACCUCUACAAUCCUCCAUUGAAACGAAGCAGGUUCUGGAAGAAAGCAAGAUCUCUGUAAAUAUGAAGAAUAAGGAACGAGAGAAGGCUGACGUAGAAAAGGAACAAUUGAACGAGGAAACAUCGAGGGACUCGAACAUCGACGAUACCAAUACGAAGAAAAAGUCAUCGGCAAGUAUCGACUGUUUGCAUUAUCGCGUUGCAAGUACAACGUUGCCGUCGAUCAAAAUCGAAAACUCGACCCUGGCAGUUACGAAAGUGUCGAAGGAGGAUUUUUCAUCGGCGAAGCAAAAGCGUGCGAGCUUUCAUAGCGGUACCAACCGAGCCUUCCUCGACCCAAUUAGAUCGUCAACGGAGUUCAGAUGGAAUUCUAUGUCGGAUAAAAACGUACCACAAAAAUCGUCGAUCGAUGAUCGUACCGCUAUAGAAAAAGAUACUUCAGCUCGAGCGAUCGUACAGAGCAAAGAGAAUGUUACGAACAAAAGGGGCGCGUCGGAGGAAAACCUGAUCGAGUUUCGCUGUGAUUUGGCCAGCGAGAAGAGCGUAACGCAAAAGAUAGCUGCGAAUAGUAAAUUGAUUCGCGUAACUGAGAAAAACGCGCGGGUCAAAGCGAUGAUCGAAAGCAGAGACGCUUCGGUAGACGAUAAAACAAUGACGAUCCAGAGAACAAACGAGGCGGAUCGAUUUAAUUUGAUCAAAAAGACUCUAUCGACUAGCACCGUAACCGAGGACAAAGAUAGUUCUACGAUCGACAAAGCUACGAUCUCGAGAAAUUCGCCGGAAGUGAGAUGUAGCUCGGUGAACGAGAGGAAUCCACCUUCGAGCAAGACGAUGGAAAACCAGAAGAUCGAUCGAAAAUCGAGAAGGACCAGUUCUGCGCCUCCGCAACGACGUUUCGAAUCAACUUCGGCGAAUAAUCGCGUUCAGGUUAACAUAGUGAUUGAUUCAUCGGGGAAGAACAAGAAUCAGGGCAAGCAAGAUGUGGAGUGUAAAGAUAACACAAUGGAAAAAAUAGAUAUGACUUUGACGAAGAUAUCGUCAAAUCGAGCGGUGAGAUCGGCGCCAUCGAAGAGGCGAUCCAGAAGCGCGAAAAGACGGUUUUGGGGAGGAAGUAACUCGAAACACGAAGAAGAUGGGAAAUCACGGAAUAAAUCGGCUGGCCGUGUAAGGAAUUCGAUCGACACCAGAACGAUGGACAUCGUUACAAUGGUAUCCCUUGUUAGCUCUGCAGACAGCGAUAGCGAUACCGAGAAUUCACUCAGGGACGAUAAGUUGAUCGACGAGCUACGCAGCAAACUACCUACUACAUCAAUUAUUAAAACUUCGAUUAAUUCGGCUUUGAGUAGUACAGGAAAACCUAUCAAAUCAGUUUCCUUUCAGAAUUCCUUCGACGAGGAUGCUUCACCGAAAGAGCAGCAACUGUCGUCGAGGGAGGAGAAAAGAACGACACAACCGAGGCUGGCGAUCGUUAACCAACGUGGAAACGGAACGACUUCGUCGAGCGAGGAAACGAUGUCCUGGAGAACGGACGUUACCGGCGGUUUAGCUCUGCCUAUUCUGGCAUUAAUUCACGACGUCGAGGAGCCGCUCGACGUCCCGUUGACUGAUCGUGAAAAGAGAUGCCUGGCCGUGCCUAUUGGUGAUCUACACGAUAAAAAACGGAAAUUACUAAAAACUCGUAGCACGCCAUCACGAUCUGGAAUGGAGAGACAAACGACAUCCCUAAAAAUAAAAAUGCACGAAUCGCCGAGGUUAAUCCCACAGAAAAUGGAGAUUCCCGCGCGACAAAUUAAAACAUCCAUAAAUAAUUCCACCUCGAAUUUGCAGGUAAAAUCUGCACUUGCACCACUUCCAAAGGAAUCUCUUCAACAUGUGCAAUCUGUGUCUACGGAACCACACUUUCAAACCAAUAAAGAGAAAGAAUGUUGGCAUCUUUAUAAAAAAAUGUGCGACAAAGGCGUUUGCGUUUCUUUUGAUACAGUUUUAAGGGGCAUGCUUACACCAACGGAAUAUCGAUUAAGACAGAAAAAAGUUUCACAAAAUUUGUAACAGUAUCAUCGAUGGCAAGAUUCUUUUUUUAUAAACUGUUGUAGUACUUUUGUAUGAAAUCGCCUAACUGUUUAUUAUUUUUAUCUAAGACAUGGAUCUAAAAAAAGUAGCAUUGAUACACGUUAAAACAGGACGAUCAAAAUCGUAUAGCGAUCUGACCUCGUAGUUGAUAAUAUAUUAUAUUUUUAGAGUUUAGAUACGAGUCGAACAAAGUGUAAUUAAAUUACAUCUCGUAAAUUUACGAGAGAUAUUCAUCUAUCCAACAAAUAAAAUUCUUCAAUUGGUUCUGUUGAAUUUUAGAUGUAUAUGCAUAUCAACUGCCUAUUUUUUUAGAGUAUUUAUUGACAUAUAUAAAUACACAACAAUGUUUCAGAAAAUAAAUUAAGAUGAAAAAAAGAAAUUUAUGAAGCGAAGUUAAAGAUUGCAAAUAUAGUAAAAAGUCACGUCACUGCUAUUGAUUAUUAUAGGAAUUAAAAUACAUAAGAACUCACAAACUCAAAACAAAGUUGAUUAUUUUGUAUAAUAUUUAUAACUUGUUUCUUUGUAUGAAAAUGUAUAGCUCAAUAAAAUGUAUAGAUAAAUUGUCUUAAUCAUUUAAAA